UGGAAGUUCUCCCCUUAUUAGACAUUCUCUGGUUAUUGUGUUGCGUUGCAGCUGUCGUUGCGUCUCAGUGCCGGCAGGGGGCGACCUUCUCCGAGGCGGUGGUGUCUCCGGCGGUGGAGAGCAGCGGUAUCCUGCGGGUCCCCGGCGUGUCCUCUCUGCCGCAGUGCGUGUCGGCGUGCUGCGACCUGCCGGGUUACGACCUGGCCUGGCUGUUCGAGGGCCGCUGCUACAUCCUGAGCUGCCAGCAGAGGGAGAGCUGCCGGCCCCUUGAGAGACCCGGAGCCGACUCCAUCCUCGCCUUCCUGCGGAGAGCGUCGCCGCAGACGCUGGUGCUGCAGUCUCUGGUGAGAGGAGAGCCGUACGCCAGCCGCUGGAGGCCCCUCUUGCGGCCCUCCGAGGCCCCCGGAGACCUGGAGGCCCUGAAGGACCUCGCCCUGUUCGACGGGCCCUGGCAGGACUUCUCCGACCCAGGCGUGCUGGAUGUGGAGUAUCCAGAGGGAAGCCAGAAGGAGGCUGAGAUGACGACCAUUCAGCCACUCUUAAAGGGAAGAGACGGGUACAACCAAUCAGAGGCAGAGGAUAGUCCACAGAGGGGGCUGACAGAGAGCAGCGUGGCCCAGAAUAGAGCCUCCUCUGUGGGGAACAUGAGUCAGGGAGACGAGGGCAAAACAGGGAGACCAACUGAUCCUGCUGCUGCUGAGCACACAACCGAGCCACAAGGCGGCGCUGAUGCCACAUCACUGACACUGUCACUGCUACAGAAACCAACAGCUGUCUCCACCCAACAAGACCAUAUAAGGACUUUGCUUCCCACCCCUGCCACGCCCCAUUGGCCCACCAGCACGCCCACACAGCCAGGUGCUUUCUUCCUUCCUUCCCCUGCAGACCGACCCCUGGAGGUCUCCCCUGGAAACCCUGUAGACACAAUUAAACUUAAUGCUUCAGUUUCCCCUGAACCCACAACUGACAUGCUGAAGGUGCUCCAGUCAGCAGCCACAGCCAGCCCCCCCCACCCCCCGAAGACAGACCGACCCGAGACCUCCGACCACAUCACCCCCGCGGCUCCCAGCACCAACCCUCCAACCGUGACCACGCCCGCCGCUACGCCCGCCGCAGAGUCCGAAUCAGAGGCCGGAGGGUCAAACCGUGGCCCGGUGGCCGUCGUGGGUCCUGAAAGGAAGUUGCUUCUCCCGGUGAGCAGCUUGUCACUCGACGGCAGCGGAAGCAGCGACGACAGUGGCAUCGCCAGCUACCACUGGGACGCCAUCAGCGGCCCACCGGGUUUAACGCUGGAGGGAGCAGACCAGGCAGUAGCCAUGGCGACAGGCCUUCGGGUUGGACGCUACACCUUCAGACUGACUGUCUGUGACCAGCAGGGGGCGACAGACAGCGCCACGCUGACUGUCAGGGUGCAGGAAGCCCUAAGUCUUCCUCCCGUCGCUCACGCCAGCGGCAGCCACACUCUCUCUCUGCCCAACAACUCUCUGGUGCUCCGGGGCUCCGUAACCAACGGAGACCAGGCCGAGGUGCGCUACCUGUGGGUCCGAGACAGCCAGAGUCCUGCUGCCGGGGACGUGCUGUACGGCUCAGAGACUCAGGCCUCCCUGUACCUGGCCAACCUGGUGGAGGGCACCUACCUGUUCCAGCUUAGGGUGACCGACGCUCAGGGGCGCUCCAGCUCCGCCACCGGCACCGUGGAGGUCCGGCCAGAGCCGGAUGGAGGUGACGCGGUGGAGCUGGAGAUGCUGGUGGCGGUGUCCCAGGUCAGCGUGGCUCAGAGGGACACGGUGGUCCGACAGCUCGCCGCGCUGCUGCACGUCCUCGACGGCGACAUCCAGGUCCAAGCGCUGCUGGGACACUCGCACCUCAGCACGGUGCUGCGGUUCUCGGUGCGGGGCCCCUCUGGGCCGACCCCCGGCUCCACGCUGGUGGGUCUGCUGAGGAACCAGCUGCUCCGAGAGAAGAGCGACUAUCUGCUGUUCAGAGUGCUGAGAGUCGACACCGUCCUGUGUUUGCUUCGCUGUUCGGGCCAUGGUCAGUGUGAUCCAAUCACCAAGCAGUGUGCAUGCGACCCCUUCUGGACGGAGAACCUGAUUCGUCGUUACCUAGGCGACGGAGAGAGCAACUGUGAGUGGAGGGUGCUGUAUGUCAUCCUGACCAGCUUCAUGCUCGUGGUCUUCAUCCUGUCCGUCAGCUGGGCCGCCAUCUGCUGCUGCAAGAGGAGACGACAGAACAAAGUGAGGAAGAAAACCAAAUACACCAUCCUGGACAACAUGGACGAACAGGAGCGGGUGGAGCUCAGACCCAAAUUCAGUAUCAAACACCGCAGCACAGAUCACAACUCUAGCCUGAUGAUGUCAGAGUCGGAGCUGGACAGCGACCAGGACACCAUCUUCAGCCGGGACCGACCCGUCCGCAGCAGGAACCGGACCAGCGGCCAGGCUGCACGCAACGGCAAUGCCUUUGGCUGACGGGGCCAGCCGACCUACCUGUGACGCAGGCGGGACUCCUCUGGGACGUUUGCACUCUGGCAGCCUCAAGUGGCAGCGAAAGCUUUCACUUGAAGGACUUCAUUACCCAGAAAUCCUGUUUCUGUGAGAGUCAGUAAGAUGAACCAGCGUCCCAUUUCAGGCUCAAACUCCUUCAAAACGACUUAAAGGACAGACCUGCGACUCCUCACUCAGGAUCAUGUGGGUUCAGACAUCCACAUUUGGGCAAAAAAAAAAAUUGUGAGAUAUUUGGAUGAUUCUUUACAAUAAGACAACCUUGAAGACCUGUGUUGGCAUAUUCACUCCUGAAAUGCAGACUUUUAAGGUAGAGAUUUUAAGAAGAAGCAGACAUUUUUAGAACUUGUCUUUCCCCAGAGCCACAUGAGAAGAUGGAUAGUUUCAACUGUGCGUCUAGGACGAGGUUAGCCUAGCUUAGCACAAAGACUGGAAGCAGGGAGAAACUGCUAGCCUAGUACCAACAAAACGGGAAAAAUCCACCUUCCAACAACUGCAAAGUCCGUUUGAUUCACACGUUGUAUCUUGUUAACAAGCUAGUCACCGAUCUAGGGCAGCAGCUAACGAUUAUUUUAUCAUCGAUUAAUCUGUGGAUGAUUUCCUGGAUGAAUGGAUCAGUAGUUUGGUCUCUAAAAUGUCAGAAAAUGGUGAAAGAUAUGGAACCAUGUUUCCCGAAAAGUCCAAUUUGACAUCCUCAAAUGUCUGGCCCCUUAUUGAUUUAUCUCAAACUUAACAAAACUGUUGCGUUCGACACAGCUUUCCUGAACUAACAGAGACUACAAAAUGUUUUUAAUUUGUUUAAAUUUCAUUACCUAAAGAAAGUCUACGAUGUGUUUAGCCUAGCUUAGCACAAAGACUGGAAGCAGGAGGAACCCGCUAACAUAGCGCGUCAAAACAGACACUAAUCACCUUCCAACAACUCUAAAUCUGUCAUGUUCAGGGCUUUAAAUUGACACCCAAACAUUUUAAAGUUACUAGCCAUUUUGGCCAGUAAUGAAUGAAGCAAACAACUCUGCAUCUGCUUGAAUCAGGUUGGCCUGUUUUGAGCCAAGAAAUUUCCUCAGACCUUCCUCCGCAGCGCUGUGGAGGAAGGUCUGGCAAAGCGAGACUAGGAAAAAACAAACGUGGCUAGUGGCAAAUCUGACUGGCAGGUAACUUUAAAAACCUAGUAGCCGUGUUGGCUGGUGAUCAAAAAAGUUAAUUUAAAGCCCUGGUCAUGUUUAUGUCCUUCAAUGCUUUUCUAAAAACAUUGUUAUCACCAAAACAUGUUAUGUAGACAAAAUAAUACCUUUCAACCGUUAAAUUGUUUGAGUAAAAACUUCAGUAUCAAUGCUCCUGUAGUUACAUGCCAUAAAAAGAAAUCACCACAACAUGUAAUAUUACAAUUUCCUCUUUAAUUAUCCAUUAAUAUCUAUAAUCAGAAAUACAAAAAUGUAUCCCCUCAUUUUACAUUAACUAUGACCACAACAUUAUAUCACAGUUAAGACAAUUUUCACGUCACAUUAGAAUGCUGUAUGAAAUAAAAGUCUGUUUUAUGGCACUUAUAACAUUGGCAACCAAGACUUUACUUCCUGUGGUUAUCGGUCAGAGAUUUAAAACAAAACCUGCCCAACAUCAAUCUACACAGUAACAAGCCAGGGCUCGAGAGUGCGACCAAUUUGGUCGCAAAUGCGACCAAAAUGUGUAAGGGUGCGACUAAGAUGUUUCCUAGGUCGCACCGGUGCACCUAACGUCCUCGCAUCCGCUGCCUCUCCACUAACGAAGCGAUGUCGUUUCUACCGAUAUGGUUUAAUGUUGCGGUACAUGACCAAUUCCUUCUGGAAAGCCGUGCCUGUGUUUGGAUCUCCCCUCCCCCAUUCACUCACACACGGCAACAUGGAGAGACGUAGCGCCGCUGGUCCAAACACCCGACAUUUGUCUACAGUUUUAAUUGUUAUUACCACAGCUGUAUAUUGUUAAGUAUGAGAAGGAAACCUGUAUUGG